ACCCUUUGGUCCCUCUCUUAUUUCUUUUUCAUUGUAUACUACUGGUAGUCUCGAAUUAUAUCAUGUCGUUAAACUGGGGUAUCAUUGGCACUGGUAAUAUUGCCAAGGUUUUCGCCAACGCACUUAAAGUGGCACGUAAAGGCCAGCUCGCCGCCGUCGGCAGCCGGUCGACAGAAACAGCCCAGCGGUUUGGACAUCAAUUUGGCCUCGAAAGCAGCAAAUGCUAUGGCAGUUACCAAGACUUGCUUGCUGACAAAACCAUCGAUAUUGUGUACAUCUCUACCCCGCACCCUCAACACUGCGAAUUGGCCAUUGCUGCCGCCAAGGCUGGCAAGCAUAUUCUUGUCGAAAAGCCCAUGGCCAUGAACGAAGCUGAAGUGGUUCGCAUCUUGAAGGCAGCCAAGGAAAACAACAUCUUCCUCAUGGAAGCUUACAUGUAUCGCUGCCACCCUCAGACACGUAAAGCCGUUGAACUGGUAGAAAACGGCACCAUUGGUGAGAUCAAGCUAGUCCGUGCCAGCUUUUCAUUUGACGGUCGCGAUCUCGGUCCGUCAUCGCGAUUGUGGCGCAAUGAACUCGGUGGUGGAGCCAUCAUGGAUAUUGGAGGAUAUCCACUGUCGUUUGCUCGAUUGAUGGCCGGUGCUGCUGACAAGGGAAAAUUCAGUAACCCUAGCGUGCUCAAGGGAGUGGGACAUAUUCAGCCUGACACGCAAGUGGAUGAAUGGGCUAUUGCAUCUUUGAGCUUUGACAAUCACGUCACCGCCCAACUCUUCACAGGCGUGUUUGCCGACAGCGAUUGCAGCGUUGAAGUGAUUGGCGCCAAAGGAUCGAUCCGGGUGUCGAACCUUUGGAGACCGGAUUUGACCCAAUUGGGUCCCGUUCAGGUCGAACUGACCGAAUUCGGAAAGGAGACUCAGACCUUGCCCGUGCCCCUGGAAGAAACCAAUAUUUUUGCCAUUGAAGCAGAUAUUGUCGCUGAUGCGAUAUUACAAGGUUUUAAAGAAUGUCCUUAUAUGACCUGGGAUGAUUCCCUUGGUCAAGUUCGCGCUAUGGAUCAGUGGCGCAAAGAGGUUGGACUCCAAUUUGCCGCUGAUCGCACGUAAAAUCCUUUUUUUCCCCUCAUUAUUCUGUAAUUUUUGUAUUGUCUUGUUGUUGUUCAUUUCAAUGAAAAGUUUAUUUUGUACAAAC